AUGGCAAGUCCAGAUGAAAGUAACCGGAAAAUAUUAAAAGCCAAGAAAACAAUGCCUCGAAGUUGCCGGAAGCAAGUAGAACUCUUAAAUAAGUCAAAGAAUGUUGAAACAGUGAAAACAGCAAUAUUUGGGAAUAAUGUACCAAGUGGUAAUCAGAAUUUAAGUACUGGUGUCAUACAGAACAAAUGUAGACAUUUUGAAAAUGAUCCUUCCUCAUUGGACUCUAGCAAAAAUUCCGUAUGCUCCCAGAAUAGUAAAGUAUUUCCUCAGAAAUUAAUAGAACCAGUUAAAAAAAUAGUUAAUUCAGAAAUAACAUUGGAAAAUGUUGAUGAAGAAGUUGUGGGCCCUUACCAAAAGCCAGGUAAAACAAUAUAUUCUCUCAGGAAACCGUUAAUGGAAGAGGCAAAAGAUUCACAGAAUACUUCUGAAAAUCAUUUUAAGAGUCAGGCAAAUAUAACAAUAUCCAAUUUGGAGCUGCACAAAGGGGAUUGUAAUAAAAAAUCGAUUUGCUAUUUACCUAAUAAAUUGAGUGGUAUAGUUCAAAUACCAAAGUAUACAGUAACCAGUACCAUGGAUGAUAAAGGAAGUGACAAGAUGGCUUCCUGUUCAGAAACAAACUCCAAGUCAGAGUCCCAGGAUAAUAGUCAAAAUAGCAACAGUUUAAAUUCAGACUCACAGUUUGUGUAUGUUGAGAAAACACCUAACUUGAUGAAUUCAGUAAGUUCCAGCAACUAUUCUGCUGACGUUUUGAAAACUGAAGAAUCUAGUAGAACUUGUCAUUCCAGCAUUUCAGAUUGUGGGAGUACAGACUCACUGUGGCAUUCAUCUCUAGACAUUGAAGUUACUAACAGUAAGUGCCAUAAUCGAAAGAAGAGGAUGCUUUCAGAAAACAAAGAGAAUGUUAAGCGGAUGAAAACUUCAGAACAGAAUAAUGAAAAUAUUAGUGUAGCUGUGAAAGAGGAAAGAACAUUGCUGGAACAGGUCAGACAUUUGAUUCAACGAGAGCUCUGUAGUAUAAAUUACAAAAUAUUUGAUAACAAACUGAAAGAAUUGAAUGAACGCAUUGGGAAGACACAGUGCAGGAAUAAACAUGAAGCAAUAGCUGAUAAACUCUUUGCAAAAAUAGCAAAACUUCAAAGACGUAUUAAAACAGUAUUAUCUCAAAGGAAUUGUUUGGAACCAAACAUGUUAACCAGUAAUGUAGCCUGUAAGGUUGAAAGUCCAGUCUCCUCCCUGGAGUCACCUUCGAAAGCUGUUGUAAACUCAAAAGAAACAACUUCAGUGGCACAAAUUGCUGCCCAGGUUCCUGAGUCCUUUGAGCACCUGCCACCUCUCCCAGAACCACCAUCACCGCUACCUGAGCUGGUAGACAAAAUUCGAGACACACUUCCUCCCCAGAAGCCUGAGCUCAAAGUCAAACGAGUGCUGAAACCCAGGGGCAUUGCCCUGACUUGGAAUAUCACCAAAAUCAAUCCCAAAUGUGCUCCUGUGGAAAGCUACCACCUCUUCCUCUGCCAUGAGAGCCCUAAUAAUAAGCUGAUUUGGAAGAAAAUUGGAGAAAUUAAAGCUUUGCCACUCCCUAUGGCCUGUACUUUAUCUCAGUUUUUAUCAUCCAACAAAUACUAUUUUACUGUACAAUCGAAAGACAUUUUUGGACGAUACGGACCAUUUUGUGAUAUAAAAUCUAUCCCUGGGUUUUCUGAAAAUCUUACCUAA